CACACACGUUCAUAUUAUCACUCAAAAAGAGAUAAACACAAUGUACCGCCUGAGCAACACAGUGAUCGGAUUCCUCAACCUCUUAACUCUCCUUUCUUCAAUUCCAAUAAUCGCCGCCGGUCUAUGGAUGGCUCGUAGCAGCACAACCUGCGAAAACUUCCUCCAGACUCCACUUCUCAUAAUCGGUUUCAUCAUCCUUCUCGUUUCAUUGGCCGGUUUCAUCGGUGCCUGUUUCCAUGUCGCAUGGGCUCUAUGGGCUUACUUAGCCAUCAUGCUCCUCCUAAUCGCCGGCCUAGUAGCCCUUACCGUCUUCGGCUUCGCUGUUACCGCAACAGGAGGCGGCGUUCAAAUUACUGGCAGGGCAUACCGCGAAUACAAAUUACAAGAUUACUCUCCAUGGCUUAGAAAAAGAGUUGAAGAUCCUCAUUAUUGGAUGACUAUUCGAACAUGUAUUUUAGGUUCCAAUACUUGUGCUAAAGUCGUUUAUUGGACUCCUUUGGAUUAUCUUCAUAGAACUAUGUCUCCCAUUCAGUCGGGAUGUUGUAAGCCGCCGACGGCGUGUACGUAUGGGGCGGCGGAGACGACUAUGUUGGUGCAGGAUGAGGAUUGUUAUAGGUGGAACAACGGUCCAAGUGUAUUGUGCUACGAGUGUAAAUCAUGCAAAGCGGGGGUUUUAGAGAGCAUUCGUAGCGAUUGGAGAAAGCUUUCGGUGUUGAAUAUUGUGAUGCUGAUUGUUCUGAUCGGUGUUUAUUCGAUCGGUUGUUGUGCUUUUCAGAAUACGAAACGGGCUGAGACUGAUUACCCAUAUGGACACAAUCGGAUGUCGAAAGUUCGUCCAAGAUGGGACUUUUAUUGGUGGAGAUGGUUACAUGAGAGAAGGAAUCAGCUUUAUUAAUUAGAUCAAUAUAAAUAUAUUAUAUAUAUUAUGAAUGGACAAGAAAGAGAGAAGCAUGAUCUUCUUUUGAGUUGGUCCAUCCACCAUUGUUGUUAUGGUUUCUGUGCUAGUUCCCUUUAAUAUGUAUUAUGUAUGUAUGGAGAUAUGAUAAUGAUGAUGAUGGUUUUCAACUUUUUAGGGCUUUUCUUUCUUUUA